CAAAUAAGGGAGAGUUGACAGUUCUCGUUCUAAAAUAGAUACACAGACGUCACUUGCCUGGGACAGUGCUUUCCCGUUCCGGUCGUUGUGGCUGAUUUGCAGGAAGAGGAGGAGGAGAAGGAAAGCUUGGGUUUUCGUGAAAGGUUCAGGAAGACUUAUCUCUGCAGGAGGGACUCAAAAGAGACACAGGGAGCCUUAUUUCUAUGCUAGAGGAAAAGAUUGUCCCAAUAAUAUCAGCAUUGCAUUGCAUUGCAUUGCGGGGGUUGAUGAUGCCUAGCAGCAGCGGCACCCACAAGUCCUCAUCACGAGUUCACCUGGGAGUUGUCGUAGAGCUUUCACAGGCAGAAACUAAAGGCCAUGGAUUUCCCAGGGCAUUUUGACCAGAUCUUCCAGCAGCUGAAUUAUCAGCGCCUACAUGGGCAGUUGUGUGACUGUGUGAUCGUGGUGGGGAGCCGUCACUUCAAGGCGCACCGCUCCGUGCUAGCAGCUUGUAGCACACAUUUCCGGGCUCUCUUCACAGUGGCAGAGGGAGACACCAGCAUGAACAUGAUCCAGCUGGACAGCGAGGUGGUGACGGCCGAGGCCUUCGCCGCCCUCAUUGAUAUGAUGUAUACCUCCACACUGAUGCUAGGUGAGAGCAACGUCAUGGACGUGCUGCUAGCCGCCUCACAUCUCCACCUCAACGCUGUGGUCAAGGCUUGCAAGCACUACCUGACCACCCGCACCCUGCCCAUGUCCCCCCCUGGCAGCACCAAUAGCGAUCGGGCCCAGCAGGAACAGCAGGCUGCCAGCUCCCGGCUCCAGCGCUCCUUCCUGCUGCAGCAGCUGGGUCUCAGCCUGGUCAGCUCGGCGCUUGGAGGGCAGAACGGGGCUGAGGAAACCAAUCCGAUCCGGGGUGGAGGAGCAGGAGUGGUGGAACAGCGAGCAUCCUUUCCCAUACGGCGCUUCCACAAGAGGAAGCCCUCUUCUGCUGAGGACAGGUCCAGGCAGCGGCUGAGGCCUUCAGUUACAGCCGAGGAGUCCAUGAUGAUGGGGGAUGUUGGUGGUGUUGUAGUGGACACAGGAGCCCAUGCUCGUGAAUUCUUCUCCCCGGAUUCCCUCAAGCUGGGCAAUGGGCCAAAAUUGGAUGGAGGCCUUGGAAGCGUAUCAUCGGUGGACAAUCCAGAUGACACCACCAUGCUGUUCGAGCAGCCCUAUGGCACCCAAGAGGAUGCCCAGCUGCCUAGCCAAUCAGAUGGUGGCAGCAACACAGGAAUGACCCGGAAUGACCAGGCGGCUGAUGACGGCAGCUUCCAGGGUCAGGUCGCCCCUGAGGAUGGAGGGAAGGAUGUGGGAGUGCGGGGUGAAAAGGAAGAGGAUGAGGAGCAGCACAUGCAUGUGGUGGUGAAGAGUGAACCCCUGAGUUCCCCAGAGCCCCAGGAUGAGGUCAGUGAUGUCACCUCGCAGGCUGAGGGCAGUGACCAGGUGGAGCACGGGCCUGAUAAGAUUGAGCUGAGUCCAGAGAGUAGCGACCGCAGCUUCUCAGAUCCUCAGUCCACUACCGACCGUGUGGGGGACAUACAUCUACUGGAUGCUCCUGGUGGAGGAGGGAACAGCGGAGGAGGAGGUCCCUCCAGCAAUGGCAACCUAGAUGACAAGCAGACCUUCAACAUCUCCAGCUUCCUUAAUAAAGGCAGGGCAGCUGGGGGAAACUACAGCCAAGGCACUAAAGACAACCUUCCCAACACCACCAGUGGGGAUUGCCGCAUGGAAGGGGAUACAGCCUAUCUCAUAAGCCCCGAAUCUGUCAACGGGCAUUCCCACCACCACCACCCCAACCAUCAGCACCUGUCAGAGGACAGCAACCCUUUCAGUGAUUCCUCGGACGCUCACUUCCUGAGGCCAAUGCAAGAUGCAAUGGGUCAUGGCUACCGCGGGAGCGAUCAGUUUGCAUUGGACUUCCAGAGGUCCAGCCUGGGCCUACACUCCCUCUCCAGGUCUACCAAAGGAGUGGAAGGAGGUGGAGGUGGGAUGCCAGCAAACAUGGGUUUUCCAGGCUACCGUCGUAUCGCCCCUAAGAUGCCAGUGAUGAGUGCCUCGAUGCGAAUGGAUGGGACUCCGCUGCAGGAUGCGUCAUCUUCCUCGUCUUCCUUUGGAAGUGUUGGAGGAGGCAGCAGCUCCAACAUGCUGCUCAACAGGGCAGCUUCCUUGGGUUACGAUGGGGGUCAGCAGGUGGCGGCCCCUCCCCAGUUGACACGCGCCUCUGCUGACGUGCUGUCUAAAUGUAAGAAAGCACUCUCGGAGCACAAUGUAUUAGUGGUAGAAGGGGCACGCAAAUACGCCUGCAAAAUUUGUUGCAAAACUUUCCUAACCCUGACAGAUUGCAAGAAGCACAUCCGUGUGCACACAGGGGAAAAACCCUACGCUUGCCUCAAAUGUGGCAAGCGCUUCAGUCAGUCCAGCCACCUCUACAAGCACUCGAAGACCACAUGCCUGCGGUGGCAGAACAGCAACUUGCCCAACACUCUGCUCUAACACCCUGUCUAACCUUCAACUCACAGUCUUCAACUCAAACUGGACCUACUUGCCCAAAACAUAAGCACAGGUGGAUGGCUUUUACUUUCAGGGUUAUCAUGGACCUAAACCAAAAUGGCUAGUAGUGACAGUUUCCAAACCAGUAGUUAUAGUAGACAGCAUAAUAGAAUAAUCCUAACCUUGAAAGGUACAAUUAAAGCUGUCAAUGUUUAUUUUAUUGUUUUUAAGAUGCCAAUAGUUUGUUGUGUAGUACUUUUAUUUUUUAUUUUGUUCCCACUAACACUGUAAUAUAAGCUGUCAAAUCAAACAUGACCCUGGUUAACAUCUGCAUUUGAAUCUUGAAUUUAAAAUAUAAAUAAAUAAAUAACAUACACACUAAUAAUAUUGAACCAUUUCAGUGAGAUUAUAUAUAUAUAUAUAUAUAUAUAUUUUUUUUUUUUUAAACAACCACGGAUUGAUUUCAUGGACUAUUUCUCGUGUCCAAGUGGAUUGUUUUCAUUUUUACUUUUUUAUAAAUAUCUUUAAGAUCCUGUCUUACAUGAUCAUUUUUGUUUUGUUUGCCAGUACAUUUUGCACAGUAUAUUGUCUGGAGGGAGGGAUGGAGCCCUCUUUAGGAAUGAACAGGUAAUGGAAGGUGCUGCUUCAUUUUAACAAGCUUUUUUACAGCAGCAAAUGUUUAGAAGCGACACUGCACAACAAACAGGGUAGUCGUCAUAGCCUGCAUUGCAGCCAGUGGUGACUGUUACGAAUUAAAAACUAACUUAAAAAAAGGCACUCCAAAAUAAAAUAAAAAAAUGCUUGUGGUGAACUGCUUUUUGAAGUGAAGUAAAUUACAAUAUAAAUAAUGCACACUUUCAUAGUCUUUGCAAUAGUAUACCUUUUAAUCAGUUACAAAAUGUAUAUGGACUAGUGACGUUAUCGUUUGUGUGUGCUUUUUGUAGCAGUAUUUUACUGCAGCUGAAUUAUAAAUGAAGAUAAGAAGAGUUGCAUUUCAUUUAUUAAACUGUGUGAAAUCUCAAAGGAGGGUUUGGUCUUGAAAUAAUUGUGCUUAUCAAAUGUCCAUCUGCAGUAAAGGGUCUUAAGGGCAAAGAUCUCACGAUUUAAAAAUAUAUAUAUAUAAUUCUGAAACAAUUACCCCCUUAUAUAGUAGUCCAUCUGCAAUACAAGUGCAAACCACAGACUAUAACAGUUUGUUUUAGCAUGGCAAGUGUUUCCCCAUUUAAACUAAUGCAACUUUGUCUGCUGCAGGUUUACUCUUACCUACCUCGGGUUGCAAGUAAUCGGCUGCCUGGUCAGGCACGCAACAUGGCUACAACCCUUCUGCUUACAUCUGUUUUGUGUUAGUGUGCACAGUUAACAUUGCUGCUAACAUUUUUAUACUGUAUGUGUAGAUUAUGCACAUCGGGUAACAAAACCAUAGAUAUGUGUAUAUAUUUACAGCCUAAUCUGUACAAAAAGACUGGAAUGGUCACAGACCUGACCUGUCCAGAUACCUAUUUUUAGAUCAGUCUGUUUCAAAUUGUCAUACCAAUGUUAAUUUAGGCUCUUUGAAAUAUAACAUCCACAGUGGAGAUCUGGAGCAAAUCUGGUUAUGGACUUGCUGGGAAAUGCAUGUUAGACAUGAAAGUGCUAAAGGGCAUUGCAAAAAACCUUGAGUUUUCACUUUCAUUUUGCAAUUACUGCAGUGCAAGGUUUUAUGUUCCAAACAUGUUGAGAUUUACCAAAUCAUAGCUAAUGUGAAACCAAUUGUUUUGUGCGUGUUUAUUACCAAAAAAAAAAUAAUAAUAAUCUGCAAUAUUACAUAUAAAAUAAAAGGCCAAAUUGAGUCUGUUUCAGUGUUUUUGAUGGCCCUGCUGUUUUGGCCUCAUCCUGUUUACGUUUCCUUGCAUUCUAUUUGUUUAGCACUUCCCAUAUGUUAUAUAAUGGUCUACCUACAAGUGUAAUAUACAGCCUUGCUGCAUGAAGUACAAAACAGCAUGUUACCAUCAACGUGACAUUUGUUUUUGCCAAACUCAUUGACCCAAUCUUUAGGGGUGAUUUUUUAUGUUUUCUGUACCUUUUGAACAGCUCUGAAUACUGAAGUAAACUGAACAUGAAUACUGGAAGCAGUUUUAUUAGAUAGGUAUGUUUUACGUAAAUUUAAAUCAAAAUUGCGUGUGUUAAUGUUUGUAUAUUAUACGUGUAUUGAUUUGGUUAUUAUCAAACAGACAAAAAAAGCUUUGCACGUAUGUUGCCCCUCCCCAAGUGUAAAACAAAAAAAUCUCCAAAAACAAACAUAGAAAAUCUGUUGUUUAUUUUGUUAUUCAGCAGAAAACCGAUUCCUAGGAUCCCUGUUUAUUACAGGUACAAACGUCACUGGAGUUUAAUUUUUGGUGAAUCUGGACCAUUGUUUCUUCUUGAAUUGAACUGCUGUGGCUGGAAAAAGGAAGUGUCCCUGAUCAGUUUCAAUCAUAAGAAAACCCUGAUUGUGUGAGAUUGAGAACUGUUUUACUAGACUCCAUUCAUUCAGAUAUUUCUGUCCUCAUUCUUGUCAAUUAUAUUUCUUUCUACUAUAUUAUAUUACUUUCAAUUCUACUUAAAUGUUGACAUUUAUUGAACAACCCAACUUUGGUGGCUAAACAGUGCGCCACAGAGUGUUUUUGCGAUGCUCUGACAAUGUUGUGAGAAUUAUGAAUCGCCCUGUAUUUCAUGGCCUGUAUCAUGCCAAGGUAACAUUAUAAUGAUUGAUUAGUUUACUUACAAUUUUGACUUGUUCAGUCUGUAAGGCAUGGGUACUUAAACUAUUAUAAGCUCUGCAGCACAAAAACCCUACAAGCUUAGCAAGGAGAAAAGAUCUGGAUACUGUAUUAAUUUACAUUUACAAGAUCAUCAUUACUGCAGCAUAUGCUUUAUUGAAUUUGGACUUGAUUUUUUAUACCUUCAGUAAAAAGCCUAGUUUUCUGCUGUAAAAGUAUUGUAAAUAGCUUGGAAAUUAUAAAACUUCAUUUCAUCUGAGAUUCUCACAAACACUGCACUUUUUGAGAAAUCUACAAAGGUUAGUCUCUGUGUGGAUGUCUGGGCAGUUGCUUGCUAAGGCUUCUUAAUAUAGAUGACACACUGGGGCACCAACUUCUACAUUUGUUGGGUAUUUAAACUACUGAUGCUCAUUUACCAUGUACCUUUUUUUCCCUGCUCAAGAUUGAUUUAUUAAACUGUGAAAUGCAGAUUUUUUUAUUUAUGCAAAAAAAAAAAAAAAGUGUUAAGCGUACAUAAUAUUUGAUUGAACUGCAGACUGAAUCCUGUGGAUCCCCCUGCUCUGUUUUCUGUUACUUAAUUUGUCAGUGUGAUUUCUAAAAUAAAUAUUAGACUUGUAAUAAAA